AUGUCGCACGUGAAGGGUAUGGUUGGAAACAAGGAUGCAGCGCGCAGACUAGAAAAGAAGGCGCGCAAUGAGGAUAGCCAGUUUGUCGCCUCGACUGGAUCGAUCGCGUCAGGCCGUCAGGUCGAAACUGCAGGUGUCCGGGAUCGGGAUUGGGUGACGCUCACAGGCCGAAUGCGAGAAAGUCUAUGA